CACGUGAUAGUGAAUCAAUGAUUAAAGGUUAACGACUGUACAGCGUUAUCGAUGAAUAUAAAACAAACUAGCGUCCAUUUUCUUAAUCAAAACCAAACACGAACGCACACCAUGUACCGUCUACUCUUGCUCUGCUGCGUGCUGGCCUCAGCACAGUCGCUAGCCACCGAAAGUGUGAUCAGUGAAUUAAUUGAAAAGUUUGCACAAAAAUUGUGCACAAAAUCAUCGCAAGCCGCAAAAGAGAUGUACGGAGAACUGAACUACUACGUCAUGUACUCGAUCCCAUCCGACGCCACUGCGACUGUGCUAAUAAAGCAAAACUUCCUACACACUACGGCGCACAGAAGGAACGGUGGCAAAAUAUUUGAGGACGUGAAAAUACUUCCAAGUAUUGCCCAAACCGCCGACGCAGUUUACACGCUAGACAACCGACAGUUGCAAGUCAUAAUACCGUACAAAGUGGACAUCGGAACAGACUACGUUAAGAGUUGUAAAGUGUUGAAUAAUAACGUUAUAAAUGUACCACUAGUGAUAAAUCCUCCAUUCUAUUACAGGUUUAAAAAUGUUACUGAAAAUUAAGAAGCGCACUGAACUAUUAUUGGAAUACAUUGUAAAUCAAUGUAAUGGAAAGCU